UCAUGGCUUAGAAUAUUGUGGAUCGGCACUUACGAUAUAUGGUAAUUUAUGUGUCAAGGCCUUUAAAGAAAAGAUGAACGAGGUAAAGUGAGGUUACGGUUAUUGCGAUACUUCGUUUGCUUGUUAUGUCAAAGUUGUAAAAAGGAAAACAAAGGCAAAAAUACUCGGAAAGUGAACAACACUUUCAUAAAAUUAAUCGAUUAUGGCACGAUAUUUCAGGGAAGAAGAUAUAGAUGAGUUCCGAGAAUGUUUCUACCUGUUUGCACGAAGCGGUCAAAUUCGAACACUCGAUGAGCUUACUAUAAUCAUGAGAUCCUUAGGUUUAAGCCCAACGAUCGCAGAAUUAAACAAAUAUAUGAAAGAUAAAGGUGGAAAAAUGUCUUUUGCUGAUUUCCUAGAAGUUAUGCAUCUUCAAACUUGUAUGGAAGAUUUACCGAAAGAAGUGAUUAAAGCUUUUCAAGCAGCAGAUUCAUGUCAUAGUGGUACUAUUUCAGCUCGACAAUUAGCACAUAUGUUACUCCACUGGGGUGAACAAUUGAGUAGCAAAGAAGUGGAGCAAAUUUUUCGCGAAGCCAACGUAUCUCUAAAUGGAUAUGUGAAAUAUGAAGAUUUUGUGAAAAUAGCAUGUGCACCAGUACCUGAUUAUUAUUGAAAACUAUAUUAAGCAAUUUAUUUUUUCCUAUUUUUAUAUUCAUUUAUUAUAUAUGUGUUCAUAACCUCUGAAUAUAUAUAUAUAUAUAUGGGAAAGAUGAAGUUAUCCUUAGAAUAACCACUUGCAAAGUGCACAGGAAGAUUCUUAGUGCCAAACGAAAUAACUUUUUAUUUAUUCAAAUUGUUUAAAUAAUAAUUUUUAAAUAAAAUCUACUUAAGGUUGAAUUAGCAUACUAAAUUGCACACGAGUCAAAAGCAAAGCCACAAAAUGUCAAAUAAAUUUUUAAAAGAAGCUAAUGGAAUGUUAUAACAAAUGCUGAAAAUGCAUGCUUUGCAUUUAUAGCAUAAGCAUUUGUAGCAUUUGUUCUAUAAAUAAGAUCUUCCUACAUAUGUCUCAGAAAAUUAUUAUUGGUUAUGAUAUAAUUGGUUAGUAAUAUAUAAUAGUUUUAUUAUUUAUACAAAUAAUAAAACU